GUGCCAAUUGCAGUUUAAAAUGCCCCUUCGAGUGAGCUAAAGACACGGGAAAAAGUGAAUUACUGUUUCGGCCCGUGAUUGCAGUGGAAAUUGUAUUUAGCAGGCCGCCCCAAGCGAACUGCGUCUCAACCACAAGUCUCGCUAACAAUUUUAUGCUGUAAAGAAAGUUGGUAGAAUGGAGCAAAACUCCAACAGCAGUUCGGAGACAUUCGCAGAGGAGAGCAGUGGGGGCACAGCCCGAUUUGUGGGCCAGAUUCCGACACAGAUCGACCCAGAUUCCGACUCCAACUUCGGGAUGGAUAACUGUUCCGGGUCCGCAUCUGGCAGCGACACAGUGAGCGCCACACACGAGUUUCAGACCAUGAAACCGGGCCCAGGAGGAGUGCAGAAGCAGCCGCCGUGUUCCAGCAGCAACGGGCGCACUCGCUCCGAGCUGCCGCACAGCGAGCUGGUGAAGAUGCUCUACUAUCUGGAGGGCGAGCUGCAGGCUCGGGAUGUCUGCAUUGCCGCAUUGCGCAACGAGCGGGUGAAGCAACUUAUCACCCAGUUGCGCACCAAACGGGUGCAGCCCAACGAUCCAUAUGCGGCUAUAUUCCGCGAUAAGAUCGCUAUGAAUGGGAAUCUUAUUUCGCGGGAAUCUUCCACGCAGGCGGCGCAAGCAGAGAUGGAGGUGCGGCAGAUAAUAGAACAGCAAAUGGAGCAGCAGUACCAAAUGGUCAGUAAGCAGAGGGCCACGCAUUUCCGCAUGGUCAACAUACUCACCGAAUCCCUGGAGAACAAUCAGCGCAUGCUGCAGGAACUUGAAGAGGAGAAAGCCAAGCACGAGCACGAUACGGCCCAGGGCGAUGAUAUCACCUAUGGCCUGGAAAUGGAGCGCUCGAAGCUAAAGCAGGAUCUUGAGAAUGAGCGGACCCAGGUGGCCAGAAUGGAGAAGGAAUUGCAGAGGCUUCAAGAGACCCUCGAGUACGAGCGCAAUCGACAGAAGCAGAUUGUCCUCCUCCUGAUAGCCGAGCGAAAGAAGAUUCUGAUGAAGUACAUUGAAGAGGGCAAGCGUUCUGAGGAUUUGGCCCAAAUCUUGGCCGAGGAGAAACAGCGGUCGGAUACCAUCGCUGAGGGCCUUGAGGAGGAAAGCAAAAAGUCGCUACGCAUGGAAGAGGAGAUGGAAAAGCAAGCGCAGUCAAUGGAGAUCGAACGCAAGGCGAUAAUGGCCAAGCUGGCCAAAGAGGAGCUUCGAGUCAAAGAGAUGGAGCAGGAGCUCAACGGCCUGCGUGUCGAGCACGAGGCUUUGAAGAAGCAGCAACUGCAACAGCAGCAACAACUGGCAGGUAGCAGCUCAACGGUGGCUGCCACCAAGGCGCGUCAGUUCAGCGACGACGCUUGUGCCACACCACCAAUGGCAAACAUCGCCAAAAUUGUGCAGCCAACCGCCACAGUAAGCAGCAUGCCGGUGUCGGGCCCUCAAACCGGAAUAGCCCGUUCCAUAGCGCCUGGACAGAAUAUACGCAGCGCUGGGAUAGCCACGGUCCCCACGGGAACGGCCACAGCACCCACAGUCAUCAACCACACCAGCACCAAUAACAGCAGUGGAACCACUAGCAUUACAGCUGGCGUCACAUCAUCGGUGGAUGGAGGAGCGAGUGCGGCUAGUGUGAGCGCUACUGUGGCGGUGCCACCUUCUCCCUCGCCGGCGAAAAUGCAGCCCACGGCCACCAUUCAACGGGCCCCAGGUGGCAAGUAUGCUGCGCUGGCUGCAGCGGCUGCUCUCGACCAGACGGCCACACUACCGCAUCCACAUCCUGUUCCCAUUGCAGUGCCCCCAGUGACGGUGCCACCAGCGGGCGCUCGCGGGGCACCGCCACCCAUACCGACCAAGCCAAUUGUACCGCCCAAGCGGGAGCCCUCUCUCUCCCGCCUGGGCUCCAUAACAAGCGGCAGUGCCAUAGCAUCGGUCACGGCUGCGGUGCCAGCAACUGCAGCCCCGCCCGUUCCAUCUUCGACGAGCGUGGCAGCGGCUGCUGGAGCUGGCACAGCAAAGCAUAAUUAAUUAGACACGAUACCAACUCCCCACACCCUCACCACUCGCGUCAUAUGUAUGCGCGCUAUAAACAGAUAUUGGCAUAGCGUAAGCGAAAAUACUCAAGCAGCGUAGUCGCUCAAUGACACUGCACUAGGCAACAGGAUAUAGGAUCUUGCAUCUCAAACUGCUGUCUCGUGUGGUAUAUACUCGAUAACUACCGACUUGAAAGCCAUUUAAUAGCCAAAUGUUUCGAGGCCUAUUAAUGUUAGUUCUUUUCAAUAUUUCCAACCCAAAUCUUAAAUUUUUUUGGUUGAAAAAAUGUGUGUAAAAAGUAUUUUACCAUUUAUGAUGAUUUAUCUAUGGCAUUCUAUUCAGUUUCAACUAUAUUUAUCGAGUAUUCGAUUGGGUUUCUGUCAUUUCUGUUGCCUGUGUGAUUGGUGUAAUUGGCCCCAAUCCUGAUUCUACCUAGAAAUUAUAUUAUAGCAAUCUAUUCGAAAGAAUUUUGUUAGGCAUUCGAAUUAUGGAACAUUGUCCACCCAUCCCUGCAGCUCCUCAUCUAAGUAUAGUUUAGUUUUUAUUAUUUUUUUAUAAGGACAAUUUGUAUAAUGCCAAGCGCUGGCUGGCCAAGUCGGGCCAAGCCACACUUAAUUGUAAUUCCGAAUAUUUGUAGAAGGCCGUGCGAUUCUCAUAACGAUAAACACCCCCCAUAAACAUAUAUAGUAAUUAUAUACAUACAUAUAACCACA